AUGUUUUCUGUACAUUCACAAGUUAUUUUCCAGAUCCGUUUGCGUCGGACUCAGUUCAUAUCUAUUGUAAUUGUUCAUUAUCUAUCUAUCUAUCUAUCUAUCUAUCUAUCUAUCUAUCUAUCUAUCUAUCUCAUUGUUUCACAUUUUCUUUGUUUUCCUAUUUUUCUUUCUUUCUUUCUUUCUUUCUUUCUUCUGUACAUCUAUCCAUUGCUCUGUCCCUUCUGUUUGCUUUCUUCCGUCCUUAGAUCUCUUCAUCACUCGCUCUAUAUUCUUUCUUUCUUUCUUUCUUUCUUUCUUUCUUUCUUUUCUUUCAGUGGUCCAUCUAUGAAUUCUUUCUUUCUCACAUCUAGCCAUUCCUCUAUCCUUUCUUUUUCUUGCUUCUAUCCUUCGAUGCCUUCAUCCAUCACUCUUUCUUUAUUUCUUUGUAUUACACACACGCACACACACUCACACACACAUACACACACAAAUCAUGCUUCUUUCUUUCGCAUAUGCAUUCUUCCCUGUAUUCUUUCUUAUGUACAUCUAUUCAUUCAUCCAUUAUACCUUUGGUCACUUCAUCCAUCACUCUUUCUUUCUUACACGCACACACACACACAUAAUGCUUAUUUUUAUCUCUCUUUCUUUCUAUUUCUCUUUCUUUCUGUUUUUUCUUUCUUUUGCACACACCUAUACAUCAGGUUUAAUUUCUAUCUCAAUUUCUUUCUCUUUUUUUUUUUUUUCUUUUUCUCUUUCUUUCACAUCCAUCCAGUCUUUUUCUCUUCCUUUGUCCUCAUUUUCUUUGCUUUGUUUUCUUUUUCUUCUCCUGCCUUCCUUCUUUCCUUUUUCUUUCUUUCUUUCUUUCUUUCUUUCUUUCUUUCUUUCUUUUCGUAA